UCGCAACCCCGAUGUGGCCCUCAGGCCAAAAAGUUUGCCCACCCCUGGACUAGGAUCUCCAUCAGAGUUCAGUUUUUAAAAGUACACUAGGCUUAGCAAAUAAACGGAUUGGUUGAAAGUGUAUUUUAUUUAUUCCUUAUUUGUUACACGCACAUGAGGGUUCACUCAUCCAGCAAGCUGACUGGCUAGCACUCAUCCCAAUCGGUGUAGUACUGGAUAAAGUCACUAGCUAUUUAAAGGGGAGGAAGGGCAGUGAUUCCCCUAGGAGGAUGACUGCUCUCAUUCAGAGCCAGGAAUAGUCUGAUUUUUUUUUCUGCACUUCAGGAAAAGCGAACACACAAUGUUCAUUUGACGGGAUCAUUUCCUGAACAUGAUGUGUGCUGCACUGUCUCCAGGUCACUUUCCAGUGUGUCACAUCCUUCUGGACGAGGGGGGCAGGAAAUGGCAAACUCCCACUAUGAGGCAAAGCAUUCCCACUGCAGCAAUUGGUUCGUGGGAACUAUAAAUUGGGUUCAUCCAGAAACAGCAUAAAAUUUGUCCUUGGUGAGAUUGGCUGGAAACUAAAGGGCCAUGGAGAGAAAUGCUAUAACCUUUCCUCCAGCACUGGACCCUACACGCCACUUCCAAAUGCUGCUGCUGAAUCAGAGAAGCAGGCUGCAUGGCCAGAUCAGGAAGCUUCGCGAGAUUGCACGAAACAUCAACAAGCUGCGCAGGCGAUCCUUGAUUGCAAACAUCACUGGGAGUUCCCUGAGUGCAGUAGGAGCAAUCACAGCCAUCGUAGGGCUCUCCUUGAGCCCUGCCACUUUAGGAGCAUCUCUCCUGGCUUCUGCUGUGGGCCUGGGCGUAGCCUCUGCCGGAGGGGCUGUCAAUGUCACUUCCGAUCUCUCCUUAGUGCUCUCUAACUCCAGGGAACUGAGAAGGGUGCAGGAGAUCGCAGUGAACUGUCAGAACCAGAUGAGGGAAAUCCUGAGCUGCCUAGAAUUCCUCCACCGUGGACAGGGCCCAAUGGACCCCCUGUUGCUCCAGUCAGAGAAAAACGCUUCCAUCUCGCUGUACAAUUCCAUCUGCUUCAUGGUAUUCUACGGUUCGCGCAACUUUCUUGUGCCAGAGUACACAAGGGAGGUCACAAAGGUGAGCCAAGCUGUGCUAAAGGCGAAAAUCCAGAAACUGGCUGAAAACCUUGAGUCCUGCAUCAGAGCAAUGGAUGAAGUCUGUGAACUCUUAGAAUCUAGAGCAGAACUUUCCUCCAACACAAGAAACCCCAGCUCAAGUGCCAGGAUCACUGUCAAACCCCAGGGAUCAUCCAGCUGAAACAGCCAAAACUAAAAGUGUGGUUAGAGAUGCUGUAUUAUUCACUAUUUUUAUUACUGUUAUUUUUACAAGUAUUUGUGGCACCCAUCCCCACAGCUGAGAACAAGUUACAAGGUUCUGAUUUAAAUAUGACAGCAAACAUGUCCCUAAAAGGGAGUUGAUGCUUUUACCUCCCUACAGCACUGAACUAAAAUUUGAGGUCAUGAUGGAGAUCUAGUCUGUAGGGUAAAUGACAGGAACGACUCCAGAGCCUACAUUUAGUGGAAGACCGGUAGGGUAAAUGCUGGAUUAAAGGCUAAUCUGCCCAAAUUUCCUUGGCUCCUAUCUGG